AUGGCUCUAAAUGUAAUUACUCCAUCCGAACCAAAGGAUCCUUCUUUAAUUUGCAAAUAUAAAACAAAAGAAGAAUAUUCAGGAGAAUUAGAAGGGAUUUUAAUAUUAUGCUUUUUAGCAAUUUUCAUAGGGGUAAUUUUUAAGGUAAUUGAAGUAAUUUUUGUUGUUAUUUUUGUACUCCUUUCUGUAUAUUUAACUGCAAAGAAUGGAGAAAUGAAUAUUAUAUCAGUAUUACCAUUAAUUUUGAUGAUUUUAAUGACAUCAGGAAUGACUUGGAUUCAGCAAAAAGCUUAUUAUAAAAGACAAGGAAAAAAUUUUGAAACAUAA